ACUUGCUAUGUGUCGGGUAUGCAAAUAUUGAAGAUAAAAUCCCCAUUUUUGUCUGUCGAUAACAUCAGUGCCAGAAGCAAAUUGUCCCGUGACGCUGUCGAUCGUAUAAUGUUGAUUGAAAAGAGAGCACUGUUUUGCGCCUGCAAAACUAAACAGUUUCCCUCUUUUCUUUUCGUAUUUGGUUGAGAUAGAAGUAUCCGCACUUUUUGUAAUUCCUCCCCAUGCUACAAAAGAACUCUGGGAUAUCCUGAGCCCACGAUAGUCAGCGGCUAUUCACCAUUUCAUCAUGCUUAUAAUUAGUUCAAAAUGGCGGACGAAAAGGCCGCAACAUAAGCUUUAGCAGUACAUACUUCUCGGUCGAUCUCUCGCAGUUUAAGCAUUAUGAGUUGGAUAUUUGGGUCAUCGAAGACGCCAAAAUCUCAGCUACCGCCUGCAACAGCUCUUCAACAACAAAGACUAAAGCAAAUUGAAUCACUGCGUACCUUUCACAACAUCACAGAAGUACAAAGGGAUGUGGAAUACAGAGUUACCUUCAAUGUGGGGAAUUCAACUGUCUUUCUGAACAUAACUCUACCACCACAAUUUCCUAAUGAGAGACCUAUGGUCAAAGUGUCACCUCCCUUGCGUCAUCCAUGGGUUAAUGAUCAAAUGGUGGUUGUGGGAUGUCCUGGCAUAAAUAGUUUUUACAUGCACUCCAACCUGGGUAGAACCAUCACAGAGAUUGUCAACGAAUUCUCCGACCACCCCCCGCAGUUUCUUGGUCCACUGACAUCCCAACCACAAUUUCCAGCAAGUUCUAGUGGAUAUCAACCCUUAAACCACUACAGCUUUUCUGGUUUUCCUGGCUUUCAGUAUGCGCCACAAUCUACUGCACCUUCCAGUACACCCUCUUUUUCUUCACUUAAUUCACCAAUAAGCCAGUAUUCACCUCUAGCCAUUACAAGUGCAGGAGCUAUGCCACACUUGUCAGGAAACUCUCAGAUCACUCAGACGACUCCGUCAAGGCCACCUGUUCCACCCAGGCCUUCCCAACCAGCCAAAGUACAUGUAUCAAGCUCCAUUCCAGAACUUGAUGGUUUGAGUCUAGAGGAGCUGAAGGAUCUCAGUGAUAAACCUGAAAUUAUGGACUUAUUCUUGACAAAACUAGAAUCAGUUAAAAAGUUAGAAGUUGAUAAGGAAGAAGUGGAGAAGAAAAAUGAAGAAAUAGCUAGGUUUAACUUGUCCCUACAGUCUAAAUUGGAGGGUAGCAAAGAUGAUCUUUUAAAAAAGUGCGAGCGUGUGUCUGAGCUGAAACAAGAGUUUGCAAAUAAUAGCCAGAAGCAAAGAAAUCUGACUGAGGCACUGUCCAUAGCCGCGAUACAAACGCAUUUGCAAAUAGCUGCCACUCAAGCUGAAGAAGAAUCAGAUGUCAUCGCAGAUGAAUUUCUUUCAAAAAACAUAACACCAGACGAAUUUAUUCAGAAGUAUCUAGCAAAAAGAAAGUUGUGCCACAGUAGAAGAGCGAAAGAAGAGAAAAUAAGAAAUCUCCACACAAGAUAUUGAUUAGAAACUAAAAGCUAGUCAAGGAAAUAUCCGACAAAAGAUUUCCAGAUGUCUUCGUGAAGGCACGAACCACCGAGUUCGUCUUCGUUGUGUUGGAUGGUCACGUGACAGUUCAGUGAGUCACAUGACAGUUCGGUAGUCAAGUGACAGUUCGGUUAGUCACGUGAACGUUUCAAGAUCGUUCAAGAAACGUCUCGAACUAAUCAAAUGUUGUGAACAAGCGGAUUUGCGUAAAACUCAUUUCCAUUUUUCGAAGUGAGUUUGCAUACAAUACGAAGCGUUGUAAAACUAAAUUUUCAGCGCUCGCUUCAAAUUUUGCAAUUAUGUCGUCAUUUUAAGACACCUUGAAUGACACUGUAGAUGAACAUUUGUGUUGCAAUGUUACACGUGUAAAUACCAAAACUAAAUGGAAUCUGGUGACAAUUUUAUGAAUUCUAUCAAGAAUUGUAAAACCCAUCUUGAAUGAUGUAAAGCAAAAUAGUUUAAAAGGGAUAUUUAGGAAUUUAUUGCAAUCGCCGAGGUGAGUUUAGAUUUCAUUUAUAGAAAAGAAGUAGCUGAAGCCUUGUAAAACUCGAUCGAACGCGAUAAUAAAAAUAAAGAAGUUUUCAUUUCCA